AUGUAUUUGUUUCUUGCAUCGCUGAGUCUGCUGUCUCCCACCCAAGUAUGUGAAUUCACGCUGAGCUCCGGAACGUUGAACGACACGAAUCAGAUCAACGUUGUGUUCGACCUACUGGACACCGGAGAGGCUUUCCAGAAAGUGGAAGAGUUUCUGACAGCUCUGGCCGAAGCUCCCAAGGUGCCUGAUAUCGCCCCAGUUGUGCGAGAAUUGAUGAUGAACCGGACCUUUGUAAUCAUCCAAGACAAGUUCCAGGUCUUUGAGACCGCCGAAUGGGUCAGCUGGUUCACCGUGACGCUCACCCCUAUCCUCUCCGGUUUCACCGCAGAAAUGCUCGUCACGGUCACGGAUUACACAAACUGCACCAACUACCAAGUGAUAGUCGAAGGGCUGGACGCGGUGUUCCCUGAAAUCUCACCCAUCAGGAGGCAGGAGAUCACCGAUGUUCUGGUGGAGCACCUCAAGAAAUUUGCCGACCAGUUCAACGCACCAGCUUGUGGACCGAACAUCCACCGUGACGCACAAUGGCUGAACAUCAACCUGGGUCUGUUCUCUACAUUGGCCAGUUAUUCUGACCUCAGGGACUUGAACAUCACACUGCUGGCAUCUCUGGAAUCCCUCUCACCUGAGCAAAAAGCACAGCUGCUGUUGGACGCGUCCACCGGCGCUCUUGAAAAUGAGACCGUGGUGAAGGAGGUGUUGGGCAGCGUCCUAGAAUCCCAUGAUGAGAUGCGGCUAGAACAGUUCUACGCGACGUUCGUGGAAGUCACCAAACAGAGAAACAUAUCAAGUCUUGACUCUGCUGUGAGAAGCACUGUACUGAACAUGACCUUAACUGGUCUGAAGUCCAGAUUUGACAGCUUUACCCAGCAGGACUUUACACUGUGGUUCCAGACGAAUUUGCAACUUUUCCUGCCCGGAAUCAAUGCGGACAGCCUUAUUGACAUCCCCACAAACAUCAGCUGUGACUCUUACAGAGAAAUAGUGAAAGGCUUUGAUAAUGUGUUCAGCAGUCUUACUUUGUCUCAGUCUAAGGACGUCUACAGUUUUAUAAAGGACUAUCUCUACCAACAGCCCAACCAAGGACAAGCCUGUGUGCAGGGUGUGAAAAAUGAUUCAGAUUGGGUGCUAAAAACGUUUGGAAAGUUCAGCAUAUUUUUCUCAUUUGCUGACUUCAUCAACUUUAAAAGAGACUUUAAUGGGGUAAAAGCAGCAGAAGUUCUGACCGUGUCACAGUUGGCUGAGUUAUGCUCUUCACCUUCACAGCUCCAAGGACAGCAGGAUGUUCAAACUGUGAUGAACGCUGUUGAAUCACAGCAACUGUCAAACUUUUUUGAUGUUCUUUCUCCAAACAUCCAAAAGAAUGAACUGAACUACUCUGUGGAGGUAAAGCAGGCGUUCCUUCAGGCGGCGUUUGCGGGAGUGAAUCUUUCCUCAUCCAUGAAUGAUUCAGAGGUGUUGAUAUGGCUCACUGUUCGCCUCAGGCCUUUGCUGUCCUCUCUGACCUCGGCAGGCGUCGAUGUAUAUUUCAAUAUCAUUAGGAGUCGAAGCUGCAACUGUAGCCAGAAGGCAGUGACUCUUCUGGAUGAUGUAAGAUCAAAUCUGAAUGAAGAUAUACAACAUCAAAUAUAUAGCAACAUCCAACGGCUACUCACAGAUGCAACAUCUCUACCCUGUUACAGCGGCGGAAGUUUCUACGUCUUCCUCAAGAAUUUCUUCCUUCAUUUUGGAUUUCCAGAUCUCAAUAGUUUCCUUUCCCUAAUCCCUGUGGAAAGAAGACCUGAGGUCCUGAGUUCAAUCUCUACAAUGGAGCUGAGUGAGUUUCUGAACUUGCCCCAAACUCUCACCGAUGGAUCAAAGCUCUGUGAUCUGCUUAGGCAGUACAACCAGACCACACUUUACCUGGAAAUGGAGCCGGUGGGAUCCAUCAGCUUGGCCAGACAGGUGUUGUCCUGCGUGUGGUCUCAGGUUCUGACGGUGGAGAUUCGCUCUGAGGUCGAUCAGUGGUUCGAUCAUCGACUCGUUCACUAUCUGUCCUUCCUCACCUUGCAGCUCAUCAGCCCAGCACAGCUCAGUGGUGCAGCUUGUCUGCCCUACAGGAAACUUGUUUCAGUUCUAGGAAACAACUUCAACUUUUCCAACACUGAUUUCACCCCAGAGGAUGUUUACAGCUCUAUAAAGAACUAUCUCACAAGUGAUGGCUCUCCGCGAUGCUAUGACCCCUUGGAUCCUCAGUUGAACUCCACAGACUGGUUCGCCAGCUCCUUUGGGACCUUUGUCAGCUAUCUCACCCUUUCUGACCUCAACUCAUUCGUGUCACCUGACAAGAUUGGCGUGUUCUUGGAAAACCCAGAGAACCUUCAGCUGUUCAACAGGACCACAAUCAUCCAACCUGACAUCAUAAGCUACUACACAACUCAACUGUACACCAAUAACCUUUCAUUCAAUCCCAUCAGCUUGCCGGGUCGGUUCCUGUGUGCUGUUCCUUCGAUUGCGUUUGAGCAUCUAUCAGAAGCAGAAAGCCUUACACUCAUACAGCGCCUCAACCAGUACUGUGACGGAACUGAAGAUCCAGAGAUCACGGCAGCUCUCGCAGCCAAUCUCCCCUCCAUCUCCUCUGCCACCAUCAAGUUGCUGGCCAACCAGAGCGUCGGUCUGACCGAGGCUCAGAUAAGCUCCAUCUCUGCUGACGUCAUCAAAGCUGAAAUGCCAACUCUCAGCACUGUUGAAGGCUGGAACCAGGGUCAAGCUAAUGCCAUCAUAGAAACUCUCACUAUGUCUGGCUUUUCAAUCAGCACUGGUUCCUCUCUGUUAUCUCUCGGAACAUUGGUCAAAGGCAUACAGUCGGACACCAUCUCCAGCAUUCCAUCUGCGGAGCUCCUGACCAUUUCGCACAAUCCCACGUUCAUCAUUAACAUGCUUUCAGCGCCACUCAUCCUGCAGAACGUUUAUGUCAUGAAGAUCGUGUCCAUUGAUGAAACCAGAGUGAUUGAGAAUGUUCCAGAUAUGUUGGCUGGCUCCAUCCCGCGAGUGUUGUUAUUAUCUCAGCCUUCAGUCAAUGUCACGCUUGCCAAUAAUAAGCACUGGACACAUGAUCAGGCGGUGGUGCUGUUUAGCUCUGUGGCCUCUGUCAGUAAUAAUGCUGAAGAGCUGUCAGAGUCGCUGCUUCAGGGCUUCACCUGCACUUCAGCUCAGACUAUGGGUGAGGAGAAAGUCAAGCAGCUGGUGAAAGCGUGCAGACAUCGGCCUGGACGUCAGAAGAUUCAAUUGAAAGAGAGUCAGUUAACAUGCAUGUACAAUUAUGUGAAAAACGACGCCUCGCCAAGCUUCACAGAUCUGCCGCCAGAUGUGCUGCUUUACUACAGCUAUGAUAAGGUGGAGAGUACAAACUGCAGAUCAUAUUUUAGCGCCGUGGGCAAAGCAGAUUUCUCUGUUCCAUACAAAACCCUCAACAUACAAACAACUCUGUUCAACAAUGCACGCAAUUGUCUGGGUAUAUCAGGUCAGAGUCUUAGUAAAGAGCAUGUGGAGAUUCUGGGUAACCUGACAUGCACAUUGGAAGCUGUGUACAUCCAGAACUCCGAUCCGUCCAUCAUUGAGAGUUUGAAAAACUGUCCGGAUCUGUCGGAUGAUCAGAUCGGUGCUGUGCAAACACUGCUGCUCACAGGAAACACACCCUACAGGGCCGUAUCUACAUGGGAUCAGGAGACGCUGCAGCGUUUGGACAUUCUGCCUCUCUACUUCACCGAUGCGUUCUGGAAGCAAUUUAGCGCGUCUCUGAAGAGGAAGUACCUGAAGGUCUUCAUGCCGUUCCUGAAGAACAAAAACACUGAGAAGAAUAAACUGAAGAAACUCUUCACAAACUGUAACGCAGAGUUAGACAUUCAAUCCCGAAUCAAACGUUCUGCAGUCUGUACUGCGGGCAACAUCACAGAAGCCAUCAUUGCCGACGCCUCCUUCCCAUUCGGAUACACCGCCAGUCAGUUUGACGCGUGUCUCGACUACAAAGUCCUCCGAGAUAACUUGGCUGCUGUCGCAGAGAAAGUCGAUGACAGCGAUUUCCAAAGAAUCAUUCUGAACAAACUGAAGAAGGCGUAUCCUGCGGGUCUCGGCGACAGCGUGCUGCAGGUUCUGGCGGCUGUUUCACGUCAAGCCACAGUGGAGGAAAUCAAAACGUGGAACAUCGGCACUAUUGAUACCCUGACAGCCCUAAUGAACCCAAGCUAUGGAGAAUGGGACAGUGAGAAGAGUAAAGAAGUGAUACUGAGAUAUCUGAGCGUGGACAGUCACACAUUAGGCGUCAAUGAACUGAACGCCAUCAUGCCAAACCUGCACACACUGGACGUGUUGACACUUCAGACUAUUACAGCAGACACCCUGAGGGAGGCAAAUGUUCCAGAUCUUUCCUCGUGUUCAUUUCAGCAGAAAGCUGUUCUCUUCACCACAGCAUCUUCUUCUUUUAAAGCUCAACGUCAAAACCAUGUUGCUUACUCUCAACUCAUCGGCCCUUUCCUGGGUGGAGCUUCUACUGAGGACAUGAAGACUCUGGCCUCUGAGAACAUCAGUAUUGACAUCACCACCUUCAGAAGCCUUGAUGUAGCCGUCGUCACGAAUCUGAAUGUCACCGAGGUUCAAGCUCUGAUGGGUGUAAGCAUAGCAGAUCUGAAGCUGUUUGAAAACGAUUCGGUGGUUCUGGCCUGGAUCGCCUCACAGCCACAGUCUGCGUUAGAUCUGCUGAAAUUGGGACUGCGCGGGGGCCAGACCAACUUGUUCACACCCAAACCUCUCACCCUCAAACCCACACAGUUCGCAGGUCCCAGCCAAUCAUCUUCAAGCACUGCACACGGUUCAGCUUCAACUCUGCAGGUCACUUCAGGAGUUUGGUUCAUCGCCUCCUGUGUUUGGUUUCUCAACUCAUGCGAUACAUAAUCAAUGAGAUCAAUUUCAGUAACAUCCACAUCAGACAACAAACUCCAUUAGAAACCAAAAAUCUGUGAUUAAUAAUAUUCAUAUUCAAAUAACAAAUAAUCUAUUUCAAUAAUCAAUAAGAUAAAUUACAUAAAUCUGAAUAUCAAUAAUCAAUUACUUUAAAACAGAAGUCAAAGAUUAAACAUGAGAUGAUCUCUUUAUAUUUAAAUCAUAUUACAGGAUGAUUGUUUAAUGACGUGUUUAGAUUAAUAUAU